AUGCCCGCCCCUGUCCAUGUGGUUGUCAAGAACAUGGCGGGAGAGGAUGUCUUGGGCCCCCUGUGGUUCGCAGACCCGCCCUCGGUGGACGAGCUACGCAAGAAGGCUGCGGCACGAGUUCCUGGCUCUCGGUUCCAGCUGCUCCGUGGGUCCUCGGUACUCAAGGGGGAUGAGGUGGUGCGCGGGGGCACUUCGGAGAAUCCUGUGGCGCUGACUCUGAUCAUCUUGCCCGCGGCGGGUGCAGACGCAGGUGCGGAGGAGGUUCGUCCACUGGUAUUAGAGGAUGCCAUCGACGAGCAGAUGGGGAUUCUGGUGCGCGACCUGCAUGCCGGCAAGGACUCCCUGCUUCCGCUUCGGUACUUCUUGGCAGCGGACGGAAAGGCGCACCUGGGGGUGCUUGCAUCAGAGGCCGCCCGCAUGGUGGGCGCCGACCCCCUGGCCUUUGCCUCCCUCGCGACCAUCUCCGCCAUCUUCCCGGGUGAGGAGCAGACGGAGGCGGCAAGGCGCGACUCCAUCGAGCUCUGGGAGGUCACCGGCGGCGCUGCCCGAAAUGGGAUUGUGGUCCGAAGCGGCUGGUCCCUGGCCUCCCCGGAGCUACCUGAGAGGCUGGGCACGGGAGCAAUCGUUCAGCAGAAGGAGAUACGCGGAGAACGCCUUCUCUACGGCAAGGUCUCCGGAAGCGGGCCGCCGGAGGGCUGGGUCUCUCUCCGCUCACGCGGGCAGGGGCUCCUGGCCAAGAGGGCCGCCAAGAAGGAGCCCCACCGGGCCGUGGUAAAACUCCUGCACCUCCACACCGCCCUGGCCACGGCCUCCGCAGACUGGAAGCGCAGGCACCCAGUUGUGGAGCUCAUCCAAGAAAUCUGCAGCCGACUCGAGUACUUGGCGUUGACUGCUCUGCCUACUGACUCCCGGGCAAACGAGGCUUUCACAGAGGUGAGGGACCAGUUUUCAGGGCUCUGGAACUCUGGCUAA